AUGCUGCCCAAAGGAAAAAGCAGUUUAGGGAAAAGUGGAGCUACCUCCCGGAGUGGUCGUUCUUCUGACAAGAAGGCUCAGGGUCCCAAAUGUGGCAACGAUGCAGUAAAGGUCAGACACUUUCCAUGUAAAAAACAAGGGAAAACCAUGGGAGCCACGGAAAAGUUAAAGUCUGGAAAGAUAUCCAAUGAAGUGGCUGUCAUGAAGAUAGAGCUGGGCAAAGGGGUGACCAGAGGUAUCAUGGUGGGACCAUUUCCAGAAGCAGCAUUUGCCUUGCCUAUGAGUGGGCUGGGUAAGUCUGUGUUUAUAGAUCCUCCAAUUACAAUAAAAUUUGGAUAUCAUCUUAUGGUGACUGAAAGGAGAAAAUAAAAUUCUACAAAAGACUGAAAAAAAUAUAGUGGCCAAAAAAUGAAAAACUAAAAUCAUUUAAAAAAUAAAAUUGUUUUUCUCUUUUCUGAAAAAAAAACAGAAACAAAAAUAAUAAAUUAUGGUAUAGUUACACUAAAAGAAAUGGCUGAACUAUAAUCUGGAGGCAGCAGAUCGGCGACUC